GAACUCCGGGCGGGCCGCUUGUUGAUAAUAUGGCGGCAGGCGCUGGCACUGCAGUUCGAGGAGGCGGUGGGGCCCACACCCGGAAGGGUCUCUUUUUUGGUUAGUGCAGCGGCCGCUGCGGCCCCGGAAGUCCUGGCCGGUUGCUGAAUGAGGGGAGCUGGGUCCUCCCCGCGCCAGUCCCCCCGCGCCCUGCUCCCCGACUCGGGCCCCGCUAUGUCCUUCUUCCGGCGGAAAGUGAAAGGCAAAGAGCAAGAGAAGACCUCAGAUGUCAAAUCAGUUAAAGCUUUAUCAGCACAUUCCCCACAAAAAUGCACUAAAAAUCAUGCUUUGCUGGAGGCUGCUGGACCAAGUCAUGUUGCAAUCAAUGCCAUUUCUGCCAAUAUGGACUCCUUUUCAAGUAGCAGGACAGCAACACUUAAGAAGCAGCCAAGCCACAUGGAGGCUGCUCACUUUGGUGACCUGGGCAGAUCUUGUCUGGACUACCAGACUCAAGAGACCAAAUCAAGUCUAUCAAAGACCCUUGAACAAGUCUUACACGAUACUAUUGUCCUCCCUUAUUUCAUUCAAUUCAUGGAGCUUCGAAGAAUGGAACAUUUGGUUAAGUUUUGGUUAGAGGCUGAAAGUUUUCACUCAACAACUUGGUCUCGAAUAAGAGCACACAGUUUGAACACAGUGAAGCAGAGCUCCUUAGCUGAGCCUGUCUCUCCAUCUAGAAAACUUGAAGCUACAGCAUCUUUUGUAACUGAGUCACUUGACAAGAGGUUGGAGGAUUCUAGCUCAGCCAAAUUCCUGAUGACUCAAUCAGAAGGAAUUGACCUGAGUGGUAGAACUAGCAAUAUGCAGAAUCACUUGCUGCUUUCCCAGGAAUGUGACAAUGUCCAUUCUCUCCAUCUUAAAAUGACCAGAACAGUAACUCAUCAAGUUCCAAUGGAAACCCAAGAUUCCUCCUCCAGACUUAUAGUUGCUAGUCCUGCUUCUCCACUAAAAGAAUUAUCAGGAAAAUUAAUGAAAAGUAUAGAACAUGAUGCAGUGAAUACUUUCACCAAAUAUAUCUCUCCUGAUGCUGCUAAACCAAUACCAAUUACAGAAGCAAUGAGAAAUGACAUCAUAGCAAAGAUUUGUGGAGAAGAUGGGCAGGUGGAUCCUAACUGUUUUGUUUUGGCACAGUCCAUUGUCUUUAGUGCAAUGGAACAAGAGCACUUUAGUGAGUUUCUGCGAAGUCACCAUUUCUGUAAAUACCAGAUUGAAGUGCUGACCAGUGGAACUGUUUACCUGGCUGACAUUCUCUUCUGUGAGUCAGCCCUCUUUUAUUUCUCUGAGUAUAUGGAAAAAGAGGAUGCAGUGAAUAUCUUACAGUUUUGGUUGGCAGCGGAUAACUUCCAGUCUCAGCUUGCUGCUAAAAAGGGCCAGUAUGAUGGACAGGAGGCACAGAACGAUGCCAUGAUUUUAUAUGACAAGUACUUCUCUCUCCAAGCCACACAUCCUCUUGGAUUUGAUGAUGUUGUCAGAUUAGAAAUUGAGUCCAAUAUCUGCAGGGAAGGUGGGCCACUCCCUAACUGUUUCACAACUCCACUACGUCAGGCCUGGACCACCAUGGAGAAGGUCUUCUUGCCUGGCUUUUUGUCCAGCAACCUUUAUUAUAAAUAUUUGAAUGAUCUCAUCCAUUCUGUUCGAGGGGAUGAAUUUCUCGGAGGAAGCUUUUCAUUGACUGCUCCUGGUUCUGUUGGCCUUCCUGACGACUCUCACCCGGGUGGCACCAACAGCCCAGCUUCUCAGUCCAAUGUGAAGAAAGCCAGUGUUAAAAUUCUGAAAAAUUUUGAUGAAGCAAUAAUUGUGGAUGCUGCCAGUUUGGAUCCUGAAUCUUUAUAUCAGCGUACAUAUGCAGGGAAGAUGACAUUUGGAAGAGUCAGUGACUUGGGGCAGUUCAUUCGAGAAUCUGAGCCUGAACCAGAUAUGAAAAAAUCAAAAGGAUCCAUGUUCUCACAAGCUAUGAAGAAAUGGGUGCAAGGAAACACAGAUGAGGCCCAAGAAGAGCUAGCUUGGAAGAUUGCUAAGAUGAUCAUCAGCGAUGUUAUGCAGCAGGCACAGUAUGAUCAACCACUGGAAAAGUCUACAAAGCUAUGAUUCAAGAUCUGAGAUGAAGAAAAUCUACUUUUGAAAAAUGGGAGGACCUUUUCCUUUGGUUGGAUUCAUCAAUACAGCACUGUAAUUCUUUUCACUGCUCCACCACUGUUGUGACCAAGAGAGACUAGAAGACAAUCCUAGACUUCCACCCAAAGCAGAGUGACAUGUAGAUGUAAUUGUUGCACACGAUAUUCACACAGUGAAAAGUCAUAAAGAGACAAAGUGGUAUUGUUUACAUUACUAGAAAAUUACUCAUUUUCCAAUGGCAAUAACCCUUUGUGGAAGAACUUAGUCCCAUGGAGUAGACAGGGAGAACAUUCUAUGUAAGGACUGAUGUGUGAUGCACAUUCUGCAAUAGCAACCCAUCCCUAAGAGCAUCCUAAAGUAGGUGUCAAAGGUGCUUUGCUUUGACCUCCUCGAACAGUGAGUCAGGUCUCUGAGAGCCAGACAGCUCCAGGCAGCACAGUGCUACCAGCUGGGUUUUUCAGUGGAACAGUCUGCCUUCACAGAGACAUUAUUUUGGAAGAAAGCAUAUAGGGCACACGUCUAGGCUCAUGGCAUUGUCCUUCCCAUUGGUGGCAGUAUACAAUGCUUACAUUUU